AUGUACUGUUAUUGCAAUCAUCCAUGGCUGGAAUCAGCUCCAUCUUUAACAAAACUCUUUACACAAACAGAGAAUGCUACUUUUAAAAUUGAUGAUUCUGUUGUGAAAGCUGGUGAGAAUAUGCAAAUUCAGACUGCCCCAGCAGUCCUUCCUAGUUCUGAUAUCAAGGAAAUUGGAAAAGCUAUUGAUAUGCACUGUGUUGUGGUGAGGAAGAGUAAUGCCAAGGGUUUCUUUUUGUUUUUAUCAGCUGCCAUUGUUCUAGCGAAUGCAUCGUAUCUCGUCCUACUCAAGGAUUUAGGUGAAAUUGAGCUGCAGUGUGGUGCCUUUCCACAGAUUGCUUUUACUUGUGCUUUGGUUCUAUACUGCAUAAUUUGUGAUAAAUCAAUCAACAUUCUUUUGUGGAGCUUUCUUUUGAGUGUUUUCCUUGUCAAACUAUUGAUUUGGAAGCGUGUCAUGAAAGAGUCUGUUGUGGUUAUGCCGACUUUUGGAGUUCAACUUGAAACUCACUAUGUAAGUGGAAGAAUUGUCCGUCGCUUUGUUCCAAUUGGCAAGAUUUUGAAACCUGUACUGCUGGAAUGUGUGACCCCAGUUACUUGUUACUGGAGCUUGUCUCUGCUUUUGCGUGGAGAAGCAGAACUAAUGUUGGUUUUUAAGGAAUUACGACCUCCGGUGAAGAUGUUGAUCCCUAUCUGGAAGGCCUUGUGUGGUGCUUCUGGCAUUAAAGAAGGCUCAGACAGCUAG